AUGUCCUCCACCACGAACAACAACAGUGCCGCCUCUGAAUACAACAUGGAGACGCGCCCCGCUGCGCCCAACCCCGACCCCAACGCUAAUCCCAACCCCCACCCCCACCCCGAGUCGAACCUCCCCGUCAGAAAGGGCAGUCAGUGGAGCUUCCGCGUGUUGGCUGGUCGGCUGCUUUCUUGCCUCCCAGAGGAAAGGUCGGGCCAGGAAUUCCGUGCCGGGCUGGUAGACCUGGUGUUGAUGGUGGCUUUGGUGACCUGGUGGUUUGCGAUGAGUGGGCUCAAGGAGUGGCGGCCCAUUGGCCUGUUGUGUUUGCCGUAUGUGGUCGGGCGUUGGAGGUGGUGCACGGCACCGUAUGGGACUCGGGUGUUCGACGCUUCCCCCGCCGAAGCAGCCGAAGCCGAAGCCGCCGCCGACACCGCCCCCGCCCAUGUCGCCCCCGCCCAUGCUGCCCCCGCCGAAGCCGCCCCCACCCAUGCUGCCCCCACCCAUGCUGCCCCCGCCGACACCCCCGCCGACACCCACCCAGCCCAGUCCUCCCAGUCGGACAGAAUCGAGGCCCUGCUUGUCUCCCAAGCGCAUAUCAUCUCCGAGCUUAGGGACAAGCUCCAAGCUGUCGAGCUCAAAGUCGACAAGCUUCAGGACAAGCUCGAAGCUGUCGAGAGUAAAGUCGACAAGCUUGGGGACAAGCCCAAGGCUCCCUCCUUCCGAUCUGCCUGGCGUCCCGGCCCUCGUUUCACAGGUAACCGGGAGGGUUUGAGCACCGGUUGGAGCUUGGGGGGGUUGAGGGGAGGGCGAAGGAGCUAG